AUGGAAGAUAGAAAUACAAAUCGGAAGUCUACUCUUAAUAUGCGAUCCAAUAAUUCGUGGAAUACUCCAGCAUUAAAACCAUGUAGAGAUGGCGCAGACUGUUUGCUACAACACAAUGGGUCUACAGAACACAAUGAAUGUUUUUCACAUCCAUGCUGUUGGCUAGAUCUAUGCCGUGACAUAGAUAAAAGUGAUCAUUCACGCUGUUACACACAUUCAACAGACGAUAUUGAUGAAUGCAAAUAUGGAGCAGCUCAUUGCGCAAAACUAGGCGACCUUGAACAUCGUCGUACUCAUCGGCACAACGGUCUUCCUUACCUUCUUAUGCCGUGCAAACAUAAUGCACAAUGUUCAGAUCGAUCUACAGAACACUUGAAAAAAUAUAAACAUCCGCCAGAAUUCUAUCAGAAAACUAAUUUUUCUUCAAGAAGAAGUGGUUCAAAUACGAAGGAAGAUUGUAGAUACGGCGCAAGUUGUCGGCAGAAAAAUGAGCCAGCACAUUGUGACCGCUUUCAACAUCCAAUUACAACAUCAUCAUCAUUUGUCGUAUCAGGUAAUGUUGUUGGCCCAUCGUCAAAUAGAACUUCAAAUUCGAUACGUUCAUCUUAUAAUCAUAAAAAUGAUGACGACGAUGAUGAGAAUAAUAAUAUAAAAUCAAGUUAUAGUAUCGGUGGUUCGAAUUCUUCACUAAGAGUAAAUAAACAAGACCGUACAAGUACAAAAACUGUGCAUGAUGAGCCAGUUAAUAUUUCAUCAUCUCGAAAUACGAAACAAGAAUGCAGAUACGGUGCCGGUUGUCGGUAUCUAUCCGAUCCAACACAUUGUGAUCGUUUCAAGCAUCCAACAGAAACAGCAUCCUGGCGUUCAAAUAAGUUUAGUUCGAAUCGUAGCAACAAGAACUCUGAUGAGGAUGAAGAUGAGGAUGAGGACAAGAGAACAUCUCAUAGCACUAAUAGGAAAAUGUCGUCCCGGAUACCAAUGGAACGAAAUGAAACCAAAAUCAAAACUAUCGAUAAUGAUACUAUUCGUAGUGAACCAUUUUCAAUUGUGAGAAAAGAAUGCCGAUAUGGUGCGGGUUGUCGGGAUCGAUACGACCCAACACAUUGCAGUCAUUUUGAGCAUUCACCUAAACCAUCGCCACCAUUUGUUGCAGCAGCUAGUAAAUUUGGCCAAUCUUCAAAUUCAACCUUAAAUACGAAUCGUUCUACACGUAUUCCUACGACUCAUGGUAAUGAUGAUAUGCAAAAAGCGUAUCGUAUUGGUGGUGUGAUAGCUUUAGAAAGUUUGAGUCAACACGAACAAAAUUCAAUAAAAAAUAUGCGUGAGGAUGAUAUUAUCGUAGUACCGGGUACUUAUGAUCAUAUUGAUCAGGUAUUGACAAAAACUAAUUUGAAAUUUACAAUUGUUCAACAAUAUGAAAUAAUGACCUAUCCGUUUCGUACCAGUCAAACCGUAUAUAUUAAUUGCGCCUCUUCUUUCCCUAGAGAAGCUGCUUAUCGUCUACGAGAACUCGUUGACAAAGGUCUUCAUUUAAUAACAACUGACUGGGCAUUGACGCACGUUUUAGAAGUAGCAUUUUCUGAUUUUGUUAAACAUAAUGGACAAGCUACACGUGAUGAAGUUGUUGGUAUCGAAGUUGUAAAUCCUAAUCAUGCAUUUGUGAAAGGUUUUGUAUCAGCAGCUAUACAUACGCAACCACAAUGGUGGCUUGAAACUUCAUCACAUCCAAUUGAGAUCAUUAAUACAGAUCAAGUUAAAGUUCUUAUACGUUCACAAGCACUAUAUGAUAAAUAUCGAUCUGAUGCUAUUAUUAUUUCAUUCGAUUGUGGCAAAGGCAAUGUUACACAUAUGAUUUCUCAUUUUUAUUUGCAACGCACUGAAACAGUUAAUAGUCGUCAUACAAUGCCCGCUCAACAAUAUGCACAGGAUAUAAAAGCAUCAGAUAAUAUUACUAAACUAAUUGCUAAAGAUGGGCAAAAUUUGAACUACGCUCAAAUUCAAUCAUCAGCAACUUCAGCCCAAUUUAUUUAUAAUCUAGUUUCAACUCGUCUUAGUACUACAAACCAAUCAACUUCAUCAACGAAUAGUCGAAAGCGUGUGCAAUAA